AAUUUUUUUUCCGAACAUCGAUAACUUCCGUCGAUUUGGUUGUAUUAGCUUUCUGAAACGCUAAUUUAAAAACUUAAAAAGAGCAAAUUGGCUAUCAGCAUGGCGUUUGCCAACAUUACGAGGCGCUCCUUGGUCCCCGGGUUGUCCCACUUGCGGCUGGGGAAGCAACUAGUUGCACCAGGAUCGACCGCGCUAAGUGGGCAUGAGACUCGCCGCGGAGCUGCAAAAUGGUAUCCAGACCCUGAGUUCAUGAAGCAGUUUAGCGGUCCGGUCAUGUAUCCAGAUGAAGUGACAUCGCUCUGGAAGGUGCCUCCAUGGAACAGCAAGGUGACGCCUGUCGAGAAAUCCGUGCGUAACUUGACCCUGAACUUCGGCCCCCAACAUCCCGCGGCCCACGGAGUACUUCGUCUGGUGCUUGAGCUGGAUGGAGAGACUGUGAUGCGUGCCGACCCUCACAUUGGGUUGUUGCACCGCGGCACCGAGAAGCUUAUUGAGUACAAGACCUACACCCAGGCAUUGCCCUAUUUUGACCGGCUGGACUACGUCUCCAUGAUGUGCAACGAACAGUGCUACUCUCUGGCUGUAGAAAAGCUCCUCAACAUCGAGGUGCCUCUCCGAGCAAAGUAUAUUCGAACCUUGUUUGCCGAGAUUACUCGGAUUCUAAACCAUAUAAUGGCUGUCGGAACACACGCGUUGGAUGUUGGUGCUUUAACUCCCUUUUUCUGGUUAUUCGAGGAGCGCGAGAAAAUGAUGGAAUUCUAUGAGCGAGUUUCUGGUGCUCGAAUGCAUGCUGCCUACAUCCGUCCUGGUGGCGUGUCGUUGGACAUGCCGCUUGGCCUAAUGGAUGAUAUCUAUGAGUUUGCAUCGAAGUUUGCCGAGCGGUUGGACGAAGUGGAGGAUGUGUUGACCACGAACAGAAUCUGGGUGCAGCGAACCGAGGACAUUGGCAUUGUGACGGCAGAGGAAGCUCUAAACUACGGAUUCAGUGGCGUCAUGCUACGAGGGUCCGGUAUAAAGUGGGACCUCCGCAAACAGCAGCCCUAUGACGCGUACCACCUGGUAGACUUCGAUGUGCCGAUCGGCACCAAAGGCGACUGCUAUGACCGAUAUCUCUGCCGCAUCGAGGAGAUGCGUCAGUCGUUGCGAAUAAUUGAUCAAUGCCUGAAUCAAAUGCCUGCUGGAGAAAUCAAAACGGACGAUGCCAAGGUGGCGCCCCCGACGCGCUCAGAAAUGAAGACGUCCAUGGAGGCUCUUAUUCACCACUUCAAGCUAUUUACCCAAGGUUAUCAAGUUCCACCCGGGGCAACGUACACGGCAAUUGAAGCUCCGAAGGGCGAGUUCGGUGUUUACCUAAUUUCAGAUGGAUCGAGCCGUCCAUACCGUUGUAAAAUAAAAGCCCCUGGUUUUGCCCACUUGGCAGCUUUAGAGAAGAUUGGAAAGCAGCACAUGCUUGCCGACGUCGUUGCCAUUAUUGGUACUUUGGAUGUAGUAUUUGGGGAGAUAGAUCGAUAAAUGUUUAUUUUUUCUGUGUAUGAAAAUGCCUAUGAAUAAUAAAACCAUGAACACGUUCGGAACGAGA